UAUUCCUCCCGAGACCACUCCCAAGCGCCGUUGGUUUCAUCUGCCUUGACCAUGCCUUAUCCUCUUUCCGUCCCCGUCGCCCUCUCAAACGCUCAACCCUCUGCAAAUGGUCGCAUCAUGUUCCCAUCUCAGCAGAGGUCCAGUGAGAACAUCAGACUCGGUGCUCAGCCCGCUUCAAAGACUUAGCAACCUUCGAAACCGGCUCCAGGCUCAUGGCUGGCCACUCGUCGUUCGGACCGUCGCGUCUCUCCGAUCUCUGUCAAGCCAGCACCUCUACCACCUGUCUGCCCCUUUCUAGAUGGAUGUAAUGAUGACAUGGAUAUUGAUAUCGACCAUGACCUUCCAGAAAGUGACCCUAUGGAAGAUGUCGUCUACACACCUCAGCCAGUCGAUCCACUCGUUUGUCGGCCCUCUCUACGCAUGCAUCAAUAUCGCCCGAAUGUCAGGCCUUCGAAAGCACCCGAUCGCUUUAUUUUCGCUAGAGAUCCCAAUUUCCACGCUCGAGAACGCUACAUAACCUCCAGUCCACCGCAAGAAUUGAGCUUCCAUGAGAGAUGGAAUCGUCGAGAAUCUCAUGCCCUUGAUGCCUUCGGAGCAAGAACAAAGGUCACUCGACCAGAACCUGCAUCACCAGAUGUUCCCAGACUCUUUCGGGCUCCGACCUCGUUCAUGACUAGCCGUGUCGAUCCUUUUGACCCUGUUCGGGAGAUGGGUCAAGGUGGUGCAUGGAAUAUUGCAGGGCCAUCUUCAGCAAUGCCAACGGACGGAGUUCGAAGUACGAGCAACGGUAGAGGUGGUCACACCACCAGCGGGACGAACGCGCCUAUGGUCAGAUGCGAUUUCUCCGACAACGUGCAGGACAAUCCUGAUUGGCUACACAUGCAUGGAAAACGUGUGGGUGCUGCGAUGGACUUUGAUCAAGCCAACCGAGUACUGGACCAUGGAUCUGGUCCAAGAUCUCCUGUAAGCUCACCCAACAUCGACACUGCUCGCUUUGGCCCGACUAUCUGGCGGGACAAUGCAUGGACGAAACCUGGUUCUCCUCCACUGCACCGUCCACGCACCAGACCAAAGAAGACUGUUCCGAUCAUUCCUUUCAGAGUCCUAGAUGCGCCGGCUCUCCGCGACGACUAUUACUGUUCUCUCUUGGCAUACUCGGAUACUGCAAAGUGUCUUGCCGUCGGUCUCGGAACGCAGGUGUAUACUUGGUCCGAGAGUCGAGGAGUCGAGACCCCGGACAACCUGUCACCACCAUUCUCUGGGCAUGUCACAUCGCUUUCGUUCUCGUCAACAGAAGGUGGAAAGUCCAUAUUAGCUGUUGGUCGAGCCGAUGGGCACAUAUCACUCUGGUCUCCAUCGGAACUGGGCCCACGACUCGAUUACACUCAUCGCUCGGCAAUAUCGUGUGUCUGCUUCAGCCCUCGGACCUUCCGUAGAGCAUCCGCCAGGCAUCCAAGAACCAGUGUGCAGGCCGAGUAUCUUCUCGUCGGUGAUGAAGAUGGCCAUGUCUACCUGUAUUCAGUGGAGUGGCCACCCGAGAAUGAUGUGGAUAUUUUUGCUUGGUCUGGCAGCAUGACUGUUCUUGCCCGCUUUGAUGUUCACACGCAACAGAUCUGUGGACUGGCCUGGAGUCUUGACGGCCAAUACUUUGCAUCGGGUGGUAAUGAUAACGCAAUGUUCAUCUUCGAAACACGACGGAUUCUGCAUUACGAAGAUCCAAAGACAACACCUCUGAUCAUGGUGCAUCACGAUUAUGUCUACAACUCGCCGUCAGGUCAAGACGAAGCAUUACGAAUCUUGCCCGGCCGAGAAAACCACCGCUACUUGCUGAAUGCGGCAGUAAAAGCAUUGGCAUUCUGUCCGUGGCAGCCAUCGUUACUGGCAGCGGGUGGUGGUAGUAAUGACCGUUGCAUUCACUUUUACCACACCACAUCAGGAGCAAAACUUGCAACCAUUGAUUGUUCGGCACAAGUGACGAGCUUGAUCUGGAGUCGUACUCGUCGGGAAAUUGCUGCUACCUUUGGAUUCACACAGCCGGAUCAUCUUAUCCGUGUGGCGGUCUUCUCAUGGCCGACAUGUGAAUGUAUCGUUCGGAUUCCUUAGCAAAAUGAAGAACGUGCUCUUUGGGCCAUUGGAUUUCCAGGCGGACCAGAUGCAUCAAUGAAUGUCGAAGGAACUGGAGGGUCAUCAGCAAGAGAAGGCACACCAUGGUAUGCAAGACGGACAAGUGCAGAAGGCUGCCUGGUCAUAGCCUCGAGCGAGGCGAGCAUCAAGUUCCAUGAGGUCUGGAGCGAGGAUCCGAC